ACUUUAUUCUCGCCCGCACUCCUGAAUAUAUCAUCAAUCCCCUCAAGAUGGCUCAAACAACGUACACCCUCAACACGGGCGCAAAGAUCCCUGCUGUCGGCCUGGGCACCUGGCAAUCGCCAGCUGGUCAAGUCAAGGCCGCUGUUGCCCAUGCUCUCAAGUCGGGUUACCGCCACAUCGAUGCAGCAUUUGUGUACGGCAACGAGAACGAGGUUGGUGAGGGGUUGAAGGAGGCCUUCGAUUCUGGGAUCAAGAGAGAGGAUGUAUUUGUUACAAGCAAGCUUUGGUGCACAUACCACAGGACUCCAGAGAAAUGCCUCGACGAGGGGCUCAAGAAGCUCGGCCUUGAUUACGUCGACCUGUACCUUAUACACUGGCCUGUCCCCAUGAACCCCAAUGGAAAUGAUCCCAUGUUCCCCAAGCAUCCCGAUGGUUCGCGGGACCUGGACACCGAAUGGUCGCAUGUCCAGACAUGGAAGGAAAUGGAGAAGCUCCUGAAGACCGGCAAGGCAAAGGCCAUUGGCGUCUCGAAUUAUUCGGUCCCAUACUUGAAGGAGCUCCUCGAGGUGGCUGACGUUGUUCCUGCAGCUAACCAGAUUGAGAAUCACCCAUACCUCCCACAGCAGGAGAUUGCAGAUUUCUGCAAGGAGAAAGGCAUUCUUAUCGAAGCUUAUUCGCCGCUUGGCAGUACAGGCAGCCCAUUGUUCCAGGAAGAGGGCGUGCAAGAAGUCGCAAAGAAGCACAACGUUGGUCCAGGCACAAUCUUGAUCAGCUAUCAAGUGAACAAGGGUCACGUCGUCCUUCCAAAGUCCGUCACCCCAUCUCGUAUCGAAGAGAACCUCAAGGUCGUGAAGCUCGACAAUUCCGACCUGGAAGCAUUAGAAGGCAUUCACAAGAAGAAGGGGCUCACGCGCUAUGUUUACCCAGCAUUUGGUGUCAAGCUCGGAUUCCAGGACAAGGAGUCAUAGAGGACUGCGGUGGAGGCGUAAAUGAUACCAUUUCUUCCUCUGGAAUGCAUAGAUGUAGAGUAUACAGCGACAUAAGCCUCUCUAGAAAUCUCAUCUCGCGGUCGACUUGUCG